GCAGAUAUUAUAAUAUACAGCAACUACUUUGUAAGAAAAAUACAUUAAAAUUUUAAUUUUGACAUCCGUUGGUUCAUCCUGGCCGGCUUUAAAGAAUUAAUUCUUCUGAUUUUAAAGUAAACGAUACGCAUGCCUUAUCUUUUCAACCAUAACUAUUACGUCAGAAAUCAUUAUUAUAUAUAAAUGAUACCGAAAAUAGUUACUUUUUUAUGAAGCAGAGGAAUAGAAUAGAUUGGGUAACACAUCUCAUAUUCCUGCACGAAUGAUUUGUAAAACGCAUUUUCCGAUAGCAGCAUGUAUGUUUCUAUCACUCUGUGCUGGAACAAGAACGGUUAAAUCGCAAAAUUUUAAAAUACAUUUGAACACACAAUUAAAAGAAAAUGGGACUCACUUUAUGAAAAAAACAGAAUUGACAUUGUAUUCAUGUGCAACUGUAUGUGCAAACGAGGAAGACUGUUGCUCUGCCAGUUUUAAAACUGAAUCGCGUCAGUGUGAUUUGUUUUCUUCAUGUGAUACUACGGAGGACCAACUUCUUGAAAUAGCAGGAGUACACACAAUCCAAAAAACGCCUUUGUCAGCGUCUUUGGCUGACUGCAGUUUCCUUCCUCCCGACUCGAGUAGCGGAGUUUAUACCAUCAAAACCAAGACCGGAAUGAACAUUGACGUAUUUUGUGAAAUGGGAAUUGACAACGGCGGCUGGACAUUAAUUCAAAGACGAUUUGACGGAUCCACUGGUUUUGAUAGAGUCUGGCAUGGGUAUAAAACUGGAUUUGGUAAGGUUGAUGGGGAGCAUUGGCUUGGAAAUGACCACAUUUACGCCAUAACGCAACAAAGAUCCUACAAAGUUCGAUUCGACCUGGAAGAUUUUAGGGGACAAACGGCAUAUGCAAUCUACACUUCAUUCAGUAUUAAUAACGAAGAAACAAAUUACACACUGAGUAUAAAUGGCUUCAGUGGAAAUGCAGGAGAUUCGAUUACUAGUACAGCUGCAGCCGACAAUAAUGGUAUGAUGUUCAGUACACGUGACCGAGACAAUGAUGCCUCUGCUAUAGAUUGUGUUAACGUAAAGGGAGGAGCUUGGUGGUUUAAAGACUGUUCCAGGGCUAAUAUUAACGGCUAUUAUGGCGAAAAUGCAAUAAGACCCUCAAGCUUAAGUGUCCACUGGAAGAGCUGGCUAGAUGAAACUCCAUUGAAAAUAACAAUAAUGAUGAUUAAGCCGAACUGAUAAUAGAAAAAGAAAUGAAUGCGAAACAUAGAUAAUUUUUUUUAUAUUCCCAUAGAAGACUGUCUUUGAAAACUGUGUCGUAUACUCGGCAAAGUCGAACAAUUCUACUUAUGUUGUAAUAUAGAUAAGGGAAUUACCAUUUAACUUCAAGGGGGUUAUGGUUUUUUGUCGAGCCUGCGACUUUUGUCGCAGAAAGCUCGACAUAGGGAUAGUGAUCCGGCGGCGGCGGCGUAAGCUAACUUAUUAAAAGCUUUACAUUUUAGAAGGUGGAAGAACUGGAUGCUUAAUUCUUUGUAUAUGGAUGCCUCAUGUUACGAAGUUUCCGUCAGUCACAUGGCCAAUGUCCUUGACCGCAUUUUCAUGGUUCAGUGACAACUUGAAAAAAAGUUUAGAUAUUUUGUAAUGUUAAAUUCUCUCUUAUUAUAAGUAAUAGGAUAAAUAUAUUUGGUAUGUGCGUACCUUGCAAGGUCCUCAUGCCAGUCAGGCAGUUUUCAUUUGACCUCGACCUAAUUCCAUGGAUCAGUGAACAAGGUUAAGUUUUGGUGGUCAAGUCCAUAUCUCAGAUACUAUAAGCAUUAGGUCUAGUAUAUUCGGUGUAUGGAAGGACUGUAAGGUGUACAUGUUCAACUGGCAGGUGUCAUCUGACCUUGACCUCAUUUUCAUGGUUCAGUGGUUAUAGUCAAGUUUUUGUGUUUUGGUCUGUUUUUCUUAAACUAUAAGCAAAAUAUCAACUAUAUUUGUUAGCUGUACAUGCCUGCCUGGCGUGGUUCAUCUGACCUUGACCUCACUUUCAUGGUCCAUUGGUCAAUGUUUAGUGUACUUGGUUAAUGUGAAGUUUAUGUGACCGUUGAAAUAAAACUUUAUACUUUGGACUAUCAACAUAAUAUCAAUGAUUAGUAAAGAAGGCGAGACAUUUCAGCGUGUGCACUCUUGUUCCUUUAAAAUAUCCUGAUUCCAAAAUUGAUUAAAAGAAUAUCCUGUUCUAGCAGAGGACAAAACAGUCAUUAGGGUUGAGAACUGAAGUAGCUUAAAAAUUCAUGUCUUUAUAUUAUACUCUUCUGCAUAAAUAAGAUACUUAUUUUUCUUUGACAGUUUUUUAUUGCGUUUAUUUGUCACAAAUUGUGUACAUGAUAAUAAAGACAUUUGGUUUUA